CACUUCCUAUUUGUAUAUCAGCUGGCAUAUGAAAUUACCGCGCGAAAUAAGCAAAACAAAACAGAAAUGUCUCAGUUGGGGUGUCCUCUUGGUGACAGAAUCAUAAUAGGUUACAUUUUACCCGAAAAGAAGGUUAAAAAGGCGGAAAAUGACGAUUCUGAUUGGGAAGAUGAUGAUGAGGAGGAGGAAGAGGCACAGCCGGAGUUUCUGGAUAUGAAAGAGAUGGACAGCGUUAGCUCUGGAGGACACAUGUUUAAUUCCUCCAUACCGGGCCGAAACGAAGUUGAUUUCCUGGACAGUGUGUCUGGUAAGAGAUGCAGAGUAAUGGGCCGGUUCAGUCUGAAGGACCCAUGGUGGGAGGCUACCUGCUCAGCCCGCGCAGCCAGGGGCAAGCUGGUGCUGCGGGGCUACCCUGCCUACCGCCUUCGCUCAGACCUCCAGGGAGACCAGGGUCGCUCCAUCCUGUCUCUGUUCCUCACAGCCUGUGGCGUGGAUGGACAGUUUGUCACCCCGUUCUUUGCUUGGCUGCCGAUGGGAAGGAAGGUGGAGUUGGCUAACCUGCUGGAAGUUCUGGCUGAGUUUGAGGAAGGAGAGCAGCACAGAGCAUUGGCACAGCAGAUUAAAGCCUUGGUCUCUGUUUCAGUUGCAGGGAUGCACGUGACAGCUGCCUCUCUGUACCCCAAUGUGAUGAGAUACCUGCCUACCCUACUGCCAGGGCGCUUCACUGAGCUACUGGGCCAGGGAAAGAAAAGCCAGAAACAUCCUGCUGCACAGGGUGCUACACAUGUCACACAGAUAGAUGAAGAGGAGGAGGAAGAGGAGGAUCUCAGUUUGCUGGCCAAAAUAGAGGAGAUUAUCAAGACUGAUGUGUGGAAGCUGGGCUUUAACUAUGUUAUAUACAAGGAGUUGAAGGUGGUCCAUUGCGAGGCUCAGCUGAGAUCCUUCCAUGAGUGUAAACUGUUCCAAGAGAUCCCUCUGAAGCAGCGUAAUGCCCUGCGAGUCUACGACUCUCUGAAGACCCACUGCUACAGGACGGGCAGUACCUACACGGAGCUCCCCACCCUGUGUGACGAGGUCAGGAGAGGAUGUAACUCCGUGGUGGAGAUGGAGGUGUGGGACGCAGUCCACUUCCUCAAAGAGCUGGGUGUAGUGGUACGGGAUCGCCAGAAGGUGGCGCUGCAGAACCUGCAUUCUUAUGAGACUGGGAUAGCUGAGUGUCUUCGCUGUCUGAUGCAGGGAGAGCGCUGGGUUAUACCUCUGGAUGUCAACGAGGUGCUGACUGCUUCAGCACUGGAGAGGCUGAGGAAGAAGGGAGGGGAUGGAGGGAGUAGGGAGGGUCAAGGUGGAGGUGGAGGUGAAGUGGACUCUGACGCAGAACCAGCCCCUACAGAUCAGGGCCCUCCAGUAGAUUUAGACCCAGAUCAGAUACGUGCAGCGGAGAUGAUCUGUUCCAAUCCGGUGACGGUGAUCAGCGGUAAGGGGGGCUGUGGGAAGACCACGGUGGUGAGUCUGCUGUUCAAGGCAGCCUUGCAGCAGAGCCCAGAGGAGGAGGUCAGGAAGGUAUGCUGGGACUUUGAGAAUGACUCCUUGGGGUCCGAGGCGUGGGAGGAAGAAGCCCUGUCGCCCAGUCUCCUCUCUCAGUUAGAGGGGGAGGUAAAGGACGAGAGGAAGAAGUCGUUGUGGGUUUUACAGGGAGAGGACGAGGUGUUACUGACAGCGCCCACAGGGAGAGCUGCGUCUCUGCUCACCAAGAGGACCUGCCUCAAGGCCUACACCCUGCAUCAGGUGCUGUGGAGUUUCAUGCAGGCCAAGAGGGACCCCAACGGGGCUCCUGAGGAGUGGAAGUUUGCGUGUGUGCGUGUGUUGGUGGUGGACGAGGGCAGUCUGGUGUGUGUUCGGCUCCUCCACUCCGUCCUCACCAUGCUCACCAAACACGCACAGCUCAGGAAGUUUGUCAUCUUGGGUGAUGUGCGUCAGCUGUCCAGUAUCGAGCCAGGAAACACCUUGUAUGACCUGUUCUACAGUCUGGGCCGAGCCCACUGGGCCAUCGAGAUGAGGACCAAUCACAGAGCUGAGUCUCAACUCAUCGUCAACAACGCCGGACUAAUCGCAGAGAUGGGGUUGACUCAUACUUUCAGGCCGCUCCACUACGACGCCAUCUUGGAUCUGAAUGGAAGUUACACCAUGCCCUCUGAAGACAAGAGGUUCAUCCUCAUCCUGCUGCCCAACACCAGCGAGGACUCUGACUAUGACCUCCAGAUGGCUAUCGAACUAUUAUUGAAAUCUGCUCCAGGACUGAAGAAUGAUGCCACGUCACAGUUCAUUGCCUUCAGAAAGAGGGAGUGUGCCUUGAUCAAUGAGCUUUGCUGCAAACAUUACUGCAACCACUGCACCAAAAACAACAAGAACCGACUAGAUUUCCAGCCGGGAGAUAAAGUCUGCUGUACAAAGAACGGCUAUGUCACAGACAGGAACAAGGAAGGGUCUCCUGAAGAAGAGGACUUGGAGAACAGCUAUGUAGCUGACAUGGCCAGGACCAAGCAGAGACUUCCUGGGCUGGAUGGAGAGGAGAGUCGGAGAGGGAACGGGGCCACACAGAGAAAUGGAAGUGGUGACAAAAUGAAAAGCAAAGAGAAGAAUAAAGACCGCCUGUGUAACGGAGAGAUAUUCUUUAUUAAACAUGACGUGACAGAGGAGGAGGCGGGCUCACAGCGGAGCAGGAAGCAGAGGUACUUGACUCUGGAUGAUCGUGACGGACGGAUGCUGUCUGUUUCCUUUAGGGAGCUACAGAGAGAAUGUAAACUGCAACAUGCCUGGGCUAGGACCAUACACACCUUCCAGGGGUCGGAGACCGAGACGAUUGUGUACGUGCUGGGUAAUGGUAGCGUCCAGACGUGGAAACACGUGUACACGGCUGUGACACGGGGACAGAAGCGUGUAUAUGUCAUAGCCAAGCAGGAGGGCAUGGCCUCAGCCAUCAAGAGACGCAUCAUCCCACGUAACACCCGGCUGGGAACCCUGGUCAAAGAGCUGCUGGUCCAGCCUGGGGCUGAGGGGCAGGACCAACCAGACCAGAACCAACCCCAGCCGGGCACACCUCGCAGGGCAGCCCCAGGCUUCGGGCCUACACAGACCACUCCUCUGGCCUCACAGACACCUAGCUGGUCUCUAAGGACCGCCUACAAAACCCCUAUAGCAGCACCCAGACUCCUCUCUACACCCAUCCUAGCAGUCCCACUUCAAGCCAAUCGUGUCCAGUCCCACUCUACGUCAGUCCUACCCAGGCAGCUGUGGAGAAAUGAGCCUCCAACAGCUCCUCAGGCAGAUGCUACAGACACCUCUCUAAUGGACGACAUCACUUUCAGUCAGGCAUAUAGCUGGUCGCCUAUGAACAGCAGCGCUGAGGACCCCUCCCAGGAGCAGCCUGGGUCGUGUGAGGGGGAGGAGGGGAUGAAAAUGGAGGCUAGCAGCAGCGCUGUAGGGGAUGGACACAUGGGGAAGGGUUCACAUUUAGCUGCUCAGUCUGGGGUUGUGGGCACCCCUUCCAAGAGGACACUCGCUCCUGACAGUGGGGAACAGAAUGUAACUCCUUCUAAACAGAUCAAGGUGGAGCUGUUCCAAUCACCGCUGGGCUGUUCCAGCCUGCAGCAGCUCUCCCUCCGCACGCCCACUCACGGCAAACGGCUCUUCCAAGAUCCACCCUCCGAUCAGGACUGAACACCUUCUCUCCUUGACCCAGGAGACCAGGAUAUCUUAUGAUUGAUGGCCACUACUGCAUUGAUACCAGGAUAUCUUAUGAUUGAUGGCCACUACUGCAUUGAUACCAGGAUAUCUUAUGAUUGAUGGCCACUACUGCAUUGAUACCAGGAUAUCUUAUGAUUGAUGGCCACUACUGCAUUGAUACCAGGAUAUCUUAUGAUUGAUGGCCACUACUGCAUUGAUACCAGGAUAUUUAAAUCGAAUCAUAUUUUAUACGUCAUAUGCACGGAAUACAACAGGUAUUACCAUGAAAUGCUUUCUUACAAGCCCUUAACCAACAAUGCAGUUUUAUUAAAGUAAGAGUUGGGAAAGUCGAGGUAAUUGAGGUAGGUAGGGGUAAAGUGACUGCAUAGAUAAUAAUGAAAAGAGAGUAGCAGUAGUGGGGGGGUCAUUGUAAAUAGUCUGGUGGCCAUUUGAUGAACUGUUCAGCACUCUUAUGUCUUGGGGGUGGAAGCUAUUAAGGAGCCUUUUGGACUUGGCGCUCUGGUACCGCUUCCCGUGCGGUAGCAGAGAGAACAGUCUAUGACUUGGGUGGCUGGAGUCUGACAAUUUUUAGGGCCUUCCUCUGUCACUGCCUGGUAUAGAGUUCCUGGAUGGUAGGAAGCUUGGUCCCAGUGAUGUACCAGGCCAUACACACUACCCUCUGUGGCGCCUUGCAGUCGGAAUCCCCUCCGGCGCCAUCAUUAGAGAGUAAACUCUGCAUUAUUAUCUGUUUAUUUUAAAGUCAUGUUUUAAUUGCUAUACAUAUGGGCUUGUAUCAUUUUAUUGAUCAAAGGUAAGUGCCUCAGAUGAGAUUGUCAUCAUUUCAUCAGUUUGUUGCAGAUUGAGAGAGGCUGAGAUAUUGACAGGAGAAAAUCACCUCAACUAUGUUGUUUUUUCCCACUCUGUAAAUCGCCAUGUUGUGUUUUUUCCCACUCUGUAAAUCACCGCAGCCAUGUUGUGUUUUUCCCACUCUGUAAAUCACCUCAGCCAUGAUGUGUUUUUCCCACUCUGUAAAUCACCUCAGCCAUGUUGUGUUUUUCCCACUCUGUAAAUCACCUCAGCCAUGUUGUGUUUUUCCCACUCUGUAAAUCACCUCAGCCAUGUUGUUGUUUUCCCCACUCUGUAAAUCACCUCAGCCAUGUUGUGUUUUUUCCACUCUGUAAAUCACCUCAGCCAUGUUGUGUUUUUCCCACUCUGUAAAUCACCUCAGCCAUGUUGUGUUUUUCCCACUCUGUAAAUCACCUCAGCCAUGUUGUGUUUUUCCCACUCUGUAAAUCACCUCAGCCAUGUUGUGUUUUUUCCACUCUGUAAAUCACCUCAGCCAUGUUGUGUUUUUUCCACUCUGUAAAUCACCUCAGCCAUGUUGUGUUUUUUCCACUCUGUAAAUCACCUCAGCCAUGUUGUGUUUUUCCCACUCUGUAAAUCACCUCAGCCAUGUUGUGUUUUUCCCACUCUGUAAAUCAUUUUUUAUUGUUUCUCUUCUCUCGGCCAUACAAAGGUUUACAGCUGGAGGAAUUCCCAAAGUUAUACAUAGACGAUAAAUAUCAUGCUACCAAAGUAUUAAAUUUGUACAAAAAUACUUUACAGGUCAUAAUACCGGUCCAUUAGAAAUAAAAAUACAAUUUUUCAGGGACUUAAACAGUGAGUUUGAUUCUUUAAAUGUAUCAUACAUUGAAAAUGGUUGACCCCACUAUGGUAAUUGGCAGUGUAUACUCCAGUAUUAACAGAAAAAUGACCACUCCACCUGAGCUUUUUUUUUUUUUAAACUCAAGGUUUCGUCUGCAUAAGUCCAAAAGCUUGUUCUCUGUAACGUUGAGGUGAAUUGUAAAGAAACUAAGGUGCAAAUGUCUGCAAUGAACUGUAUCUGUGGUUAAAUAAACCACUGUUUUUUUGACACAGCGAUGGCUUGAGAUUCAACUGAACUCUAAAAGACAACAAUAGUAGCAGUGACUGAAGUAGUCAAAUAUUACUGUUGGGCUACUACGGUUGAACUGUGUGUAGUCAUUUCAGUAGUUGAGAUGUCAGCUAUUUUCAGUAGCUGAGUAUCCAGUGUAUUUGAUGUCAGCCAUUUCAAUAUAGAGUGCAUUUGAUGUCAGCCAUUUCAGUAGUUAAAUAUCCAGUGUAUUGGGAGUUGUCAAUGUAUUAAUACAGUACUUGACAGUGAACAUUUGAGACGACAUUGCUUUUCCAACGGUCUCUAUGGCGUAAGUGAGAGAUCGUUGCCUAAAUGAGAGAUUGAGUGGUUGGUUGUAUAGUGGGACGGAUAAUGCUGUUGUACGUGAGCCAUUUCUAAAUAGUGAGACCAUAGAAAUAGAAAUCCUAGAAUGGGAUUUCCCCAUUUCAAGUCUGAUCUAGUUCUAUAAGCAAGAGACAGUGUUGUGUGAGCACUGAAGACAAAGGUGACAUCACUCGUCAAAAAGCCACUAGUUUACAUGAAGUACACGGUUGGGAAUAUCUGUUUUCUCACAGCCUGCUUUUGAACAGACCUCUGUUUUUUUCUGGUGUAAUAGUUUCUUUUUUAUGAAGUGAAAAUCUACUGGAAUUACACCUUGUUGCCUUACCUUGUUACCUUACCUUGUUGCCUUACCAUUAUAGGGUAAGACAUUACACUGGACCCUUCAACAUACACCUCUCAUCAUCAUCAUCAUCAAACAAGUGUCAUUUUCUAUAUUACAAAUUCUUUGUUAUUAUUUGAAGCCUUUUGGGGGGCAAACCUCAGAAAAACAAUGAACCAUACAAAAACAUACUUUAAACAACGCCAGUAUCACACAGAUUAGCAUAUUAGUUGAUAUUUACUCAGGUAGGGUACAGGGGUGGUGGGAUACAAAAUAGAAAAGCUGUUUUGAAUUACUUGGGUUAUUUUAGAUUUUACCUCAUGCUUUUUUCCCCCCCUCCCCUUAAAUCAAUGGGUCAUUUUGAUUGGAUGGCAGAAAUGAAAUCAGUAACCUUACUAUUCAGGGUGCGAUAUUAAGGUUGAUUUGAUAUCUGGUUGGUUGUUCUUUUCAGAACGUCGUUUUAAAAGGAUAAAUGACUGCUAUAACAUGGAAGUAGUUUUUCUAAACCCAGUUUUAUAGGUGCCGCUUCCUAAGUAGUAGUUCGUUUCAGGACCGAUGAAACUACCUGCAAUGUGCUGUCCAAUGUUCUGAAGUAGUAGGACUUUUUCUCUGGGGCCUCCCGCGUGGCUCAGCGGUCUAAGGUACUGCAUCGCAGGGCUCGAGGCGUCACUACAGCCCCGGGUUCCAUCCCAGGAUGUGUUACAGGCGGCCGUGACCGGGAGACCCAUGAGACGGCACACAAUUGGCCCAGCGUUGUCCGGGUUAGGGGAGGGUUUGGCCCGGCCGGGAUUUCCUUGUCCCAUUGCGCUCUAGCGACUCCUUGUGACGGGUUGGGCGUCUACAAGCUGACUUCGGUUGCCAGUUGCACGGUGUUUCCUCCCACACAUUGGUGCGGCUGGCUUCGGGGUUAAGCGAGCAGUGUGUCAAGAAGCAGUGCGGCUUGCCAGGGUCGUGUUUCGGAGGACGCAUGGCUCUCGACCUUCACCUCUCCCUGUACGGGAGUUGCAGCGAUGGGGCAAGAUUCUAACUACUAAUUGGAUGUCACAAUUAAUUUUUUUAAACUCUGUCUCUGGUUCCUGUAACAGCACAGUGUUAGCAUACCUAUUUCACACAUACUGUAUGCAAGCAAGUCAGACUCAGGACCACGAGUCAGUUCUUCCUCCUUGACUAGUGCAGCUGUAAGGAAGCACAUUGCAUAUAUUACCUCCUCGUAUGGUAAAGAACCCCAUCUCUUCUGCAUCUAUUUAUGAAAAUAGAUCUAUGUCCAAAUGAAGGAUAAGGUGCUUCAGUACCACCACCUUAUUAUAAGGGAAAUGGUGAUCCUGUAUUCUAGGAUUCAGAGAAGUCGCCAUUUUGUUUGGGAAUGGUAUGAUUGGUACCAUUUUUGUUUCUUUCUAAUUGUGUAUAGCCUAGAUAAAGCUGCUUCUUUAUUCUCCUCCCCAAAGCAAAGCUUUUUAAAUCCUUUUCUAAAGGGUUUCAUAUAUUAUGCUUCUAGGUCAAGCAGUGAGCUUGGUGACAUGCAUGGAGAGGAAACGUCACAUCACGUCUUGUCUCGGCUGCCAAAUGCAUUGUGAUGAAGCCUAAGGGGACGCCUGGCUGUCCUGGUUUCAUUUCAACAUCCUCCUCCUCAGUCUCGUCUACGAGAGGCAGGACUACAGUUCAGGUUUCAGAAAAUAAAGGGGCUAACGUUUAAAAUAUUGUGCUAUUUUUUUUCAAGUGAAAUAGUGUACUUAAAAAUCAUUGGGGAGAAGUCAGACGCAGUACUGAUAUUUUCUCUGUAAAAACCCUUAGAAAUCACUGGGGGAGGGACAGAGCUAGUGAGACCCAGGUAUGACAGAUGAAGGGGGACGAGGAGGACAGAGCGAAGCCAAGUGUGAGCGAGAGAGACAAAGAGAGCGAGGGAGGGAAGGAAGGACUCCCUAUAAUAACUAGAUAGAGGGUAUGUAUUACUCUGGCCUUGUUUCCAUCACGACGCGACACAGCAGUGGUGCGCGCACACAAACAUACACAUACAGAGUGGCCAGUCCAGCAUCACAUGUAAACGUUUCAGCAAAUGUUAUUGUGUUUUCUUUUUUGUUUUAAACAGAACUGUGUUACUGUCUUAUUGUCCAGCUGCAGUAAUAAAAAGGAGAGGAUCGGUCCGAUGGCA